UCAUUUCAAUUUCUGUGAACUUUCUCGGAAAAAAAGAGAUUGGAUGAACGAAGAAUCGCAGACUGUGCCGCUUCUUCAUCGAACUUGCCAUUGCCUUUGACCCUUCUAUCUCUCCGUUUCCUUUUUAUCCAUCUCUUCAUCACUCUCCAUUCGCUCGUCGAAACAGGAACAUUGAAUCGUGAUUCGCUGUGUAUGACGAGCGCUUCGGAGCUAUUUCACACCAGAAGGCAUCGAUUGGGACGAAGUUCUAUCGAUCUAGGGUUCGACACAGAACUCCAAGCCGCCGAUUCUUUCCGCCGUCGCCAACACGUCCGCCGCCUCCGUCACCACCCGGAGCGUGCAUCUGAUAGAGUCGGUGGGAGGUAUCGACGGUCUUUUGUAAAUGAUAGCGUUGAUUCCGAAGAAAACGUAAGAGGCAGUCUUGGAGGGAGUAACAGUGAGAGGCUACCCGUGGGUGUGGUUCUUGCACGGGCCAGACUCCUUCAGAGGUUGAGAGGGGAACCUCUGUCUAGAAACAGGCAAUAUGGUAUAGAUUCAUUGGGUGAGGAUCGGGAAAGUGAAUCAUCAAAUGAAGUUGCAACUCAGGCCACUCUAGUUACUGACUUGACUUCACAGAUGGGAAGGUCCCAGUUCUUGCAGGAGCUACACAAAAAGCCACCAGGGCUUACUCAGGAGGCCUUGGACUGUUUGGAUCAGGAAGUUUUUAGCAGCAGCGAGACAGGAUUGGAUUCCAGGGUAAUGCAGGACUGUAGUAUAUGCUUGGAAACUUUCACGGAUGGAGAUGAGCUGAUACGUCUGCCAUGUGGACAUAAAUUCCAUUCUGUUUGCUUGGAUCCAUGGAUUCGCUGCUGUGGAGACUGCCCAUAUUGUCGAAGACGUGUAGUUCUAAAUACUCACUUACCACAAUACGACCAUGAGUAAUUAGUUUUUUAUUAAUUGACUUUGUCUUGUUCCGUGUUUGUAUGAAAGGAUAAGAAUACUGUAAUGGAGCUGUUUUUUUGUAACCAUGUGUAUCUUAUCACGUUUUUCUUUCUUUCCCGGUGACAACGGGAAAGAUAUGGGUAUCUAAAUAAGACCCUAUUGUAAGACGUGUUCUUGUAACCAGUCCCGUACAUAGUAAUUUUAAUAUUUGUAUUCCUGACGAUAAACUUCUUAUUCAUUUGUUUGAAUAUUCA